CAGCUGUUUUCAAACGCUAAAAGAAAGCGUGCUCCUCUGGGUGUAUGAAGUUGAACGGCCCAAAGAAUUACAGGAUUAGGACCACGUCUGUCCUAGAAGGAGGAGUGGGUGAAGGCGUAAAUGCAGAAUUUUUUCACUGUCAAACUUUACAACUGCAAAGGAGCUCAAGGCAAAAAAGUCCGAAAAUGUCCGGCGUGGCAUCCACACUCGCCAAGAAGAGAGCCGUGGCGGCUGGCUUCGGGACGAACGCCAAUGCGGUCAAGUACCUGAACCAGAACUUUGAGAGUCUGAGAAGUGAGUGUCUGAGCCGUGGCCAGCUGUUCUGCGACCCAAUGUUCCCAGCCGCUCCCGAGUCUCUGGGCUUCAACGAACUCGGUCCACGGUCGCCAAAAACCAGAGGUGUUGUGUGGAAAAGACCCGGGGAGCUGAUCUCCAAACCUGAUUUUAUUGUUGGAGGGGCUACAAGAACUGAUAUUUGCCAAGGAGGUUUAGGUGAUUGCUGGCUCUUAGCGGCCAUUGCUUCCCUAACCCUCAAUGAAGACGUUUUUGCUCGUGUCGUACCAUCCAACCAGGGCUUUGGGCAAGACUAUGCUGGAAUUUUCCACUUUCAGUUGUGGCAAUUUGGAGAAUGGGUGGAUGUGGUGGUGGACGAUCGAUUGCCAACUCGAGAUGGAGAACUGCUGUUUGUUCAUUCCGCCACAGGCUCUGAGUUCUGGAGCGCCCUGCUGGAGAAGGCCUAUGCUAAGGUGAAUGGAUGUUAUGAAGCUCUGUCUGGAGGUUCCACCACAGAAGGUUUUGAGGAUUUCACUGGUGGGAUUGCAGAAAUAUAUGAGUUGAAACAUGCCCCGUCCAACAUGUUCCAAAUCAUCAGGAAGGCCCUGGAAGCUGGAGCUCUGUUGGGAUGCUCCAUAGAUAUCACCAGUGCAGCAGACUCUGAGGCCAUCACAUAUCAGAAGCUUGUGAAAGGACAUGCCUACUCUCUUACUGGAGCAAUCGAGGUUAAUUACCGAGGCCGAAAGGAGAAGCUGGUCAGAGUUCGUAAUCCUUGGGGUCAGGUGGAAUGGACAGGGGCCUGGAGUGACAACUCUUCUGAGUGGAAUGCUGUCGAUCUGUCUGAACGUGAGAAUGUGAAAGCAGAAGAUGGAGAGUUCUGGAUGUCAUUCUCAGAUUUUAUAAGGCAAUAUUCCCGCAUAGAGAUCUGCACUCUGACCCCAGAUACACUGACAUCUGACUCUGUCAAACACUGGAGUGCAUGUAAAUUUGAUGGCACCUGGAGAAGAGGCUCUACGGCUGGUGGCUGCAGGAACCAUCCAUACACCUUCUGGAUGAAUCCUCAGUUUAAGAUCAAACUGGAGGAGGAAGAUGAUGAUCCUGAUGAUGAUGAAGUUGGCUGCAGUGUGGUGAUUGGCUUGAUCCAAAAGAACCAGCGUAAGCUGAGGAAGUCUGGAGAGGACAUGCACACCAUUGGCUAUGCCAUCUAUGAGGUGCCUCCUCAGUUCCACGGGCAAAAGGACAUUCAUCUGGAUAAGAACUAUUUCCUGACCCAUGCUCAGAAAGCUCGAUCAGAGACAUUUAUCAACCUUAGAGAAGUCAGCACCCGCUUCAAACUUCCUCCUGGAGAAUAUCUCAUUGUCCCAUCCACAUUCGAACCGCACAAGAAUGGAGACUUCUGUGUGCGUGUGUUCUCUGAGAAACAGUCUGAGAUGCAGCAAUGUGAUGACGCUGUAGAGGCAAACAUAGAAGAUGAGACAGUGUCUGAAGAUGAGGUUGAUGCUGGCUUUAGGGGACUGUUUACUAAACUAGCAGGAGAUGACAUGGAGAUCUCUGCCACUGAGCUGCGAACAAUUUUCAACAAAAUAGUUGCAAAAAGAACAGAUAUUAAGACAGAUGGUUUCAGUUUGGAAACAUGUAGGGUCAUGGUGAACCUCAUGGAUGAAAGUGGCAAUGGUAAACUAGGGUUAGUGGAGUUUGCCACUCUUUGGAAGAAAAUUCAAAAGUAUCUGGUCAUUUAUAAGAAGAAUGACAUGGAUGGGUCUGGCUGUAUGAGUACACCAGAGAUGCGAAUGGCUUUUAAGGAAGCAGGGUUCUCUCUGAAUGACUGCAUUCAUCAGAAUCUGGCUGCACGCUAUGGAGACGCAGACAUGAAGAUCGACUUUGAUAACUUCGUGUCCUGUGUAAUGCGCCUGGAAAUGAUGUUCAAAGUGUUCAAAAGGAUUGACGUGGACAGCAGUGGGUUCAUUGAGUUGGACUUCUUCCAGUGGCUGACGUUUGCUAUGAUUUAAAGGCACAGAGGAAUAUUAUAAAUAGUUUUUUUUAUUGUGCUAGUAUAACAGAAUAUCGGUAAAAUGCUUAAUUAGUAUAUUGGACCACCUGGAAUUUGUAAAUGUGUCCAUUGUACUUUGCUACAGAAAUAAGCAUAGUUGCCUGUUGUUUUAUUUGUAAUGCACUUUCCUCUUACUGCGGUGCUUGCAAGGCAUCACUGUUUUGCUUUUUUUUUCUACUCCAAAUUGUGUUACUUAUUGAGAAUUGUGCAAUUACUUCAAAUGAUAUUUAAAUAAUACUUCAAAUUAAUUUAUUUUCACCUGAUCAUAUAGACCAUUCGACAAAUGACGACAACAAUGCUCUGGCAAUGAAUCAGGCAUCUUGAUUGUGUAAGCAAGCGCAAUAAAAUGUAAAACCAACAGUAAAAAUACAGACCUAAUGAAAUCACUUUACAAACUCAGGAUUUUUUACUAGUAUAAAAUUG